UACAACCUCCUUAUAAAGGGACUCUCUCUCACGUUGUGGCUUGCAAAUUAGAGCACAUUGCCUAAAAUUGAGGUCUCCAUAUAUACACACACACACACGCCGAGUCGCCGCUGCCAUGAACUGGAUGAACGUGGAGGAGACGCUGCGCAGGGCCGAGGCGCCUCUCUUCUGGGUCGGUGCGUUCACCGUGGCCUCCCUGGCGCUGUGGGUCCUCUACAGGCUGCUCUCAGGCUUCAGGAUCUGGGUCUUAGGGAACGGGACGCUGCUCUCACCAAAGCUGGGCAAAUGGGCAGUUGUGACGGGCGCCACGGAUGGAAUCGGGAAAUCCUAUGCGGAGGAGCUGGCUCGUCGGGGAUUUGCCUUGAUGUUGAUCAGUCGCUCCCAGGACAAGCUGGAUGACGUGGCAAGGUUACUCGAGGAACAGUACAAAGUGGAGACCGGGACUAUUGCAGUCGACUUCGGCAGGAGUGACAUCUACGAAAAGAUCGAGGCGGGGCUGGCUGGACUGGAGAUCGGUGUUCUUGUGAACAAUGUUGGUGUUUCCUACCCCUACCCAGAGUACUACCUCAAUAUACCCGAUCUGGACAAUUUCAUCACAAACAUGAUCAACGUCAACAUCACUUCAGUCUGCCAGAUGACCCGUCUGGUGCUGCCCAGGAUGACUGAGAGGUCCAAAGGAAUCAUCCUGAACAUCUCCUCUGCCAGCGGCAUGUACCCCCUCCCUCUGCUCACCGUCUAUUCUUCCACAAAGGCCUUUGUGGAUUUCUUCUCUCGUGGCCUUCAGGAGGAGUACAGGCGUCAAGGCAUCAUCAUUCAGAGUGUGCUACCCUUCUUCGUGGUGACCAAAAUGACUCGUAUCAGGAAGCCCACCCUGGACAAACCCACCCCCGACCGCUAUGUGGCCGCUGAGCUCUCCACUGUGGGUCUGCAGAGCCAGACCAAUGGCUAUUUCCCUCAUGCCGUCAUGGGCUGGCUGACUACCAAGCUGGUGCCGAUCAACCUCGUCAUCUUCUUCGGAGCCAGGAUGAACCGUCUGCAGCGCACCGGGUACCUAAAGAGGAGGAAGAUGCGGGAGCUGAGGAACGGAGACGCUCUGAAGAACGAUUAGGAAGGCGGCCGGUGGAUCUGUGGACUGCCACCCUGUUCUGACCCGGGGCAGAAAUAGAGGAGAGAUUGGGAUUUUUGUAUCUGUGCGGUGAAUCCUCCAGGGUUGCCUGAGAUUUCACAUUUGUGCCUUUAGUAAAAUGUGCCUCAGCAAAGCAUGUGUAAGACUUUGCAUUUAAAACAGUAAACUAUUCCCUGUUGUCCUUUCGUCUAGAGAGAACUGGAAGAAGGCAGAAGUUAAAAUGUAAUGCUGCUCUUGGCAAAGGACAUUCAUCCAUACUGUCAAUGACACAAUGGUGAAAAUAAUACAAUCAAAAAAUAAAUGAGGGAUUUGUUACCCCUGCUGUUGUAAGCAGUGUAACAUGGUGGAGGGCUUCUUUUUUAUAUGUAUGUAUAAUUAUUUAUUUUCAUAUUUGUAUGAACACACGAGCCAAACUCAGACCUUUUUUUUAGAGGUUAUCUUUCAACCUAGUCCUGUUUACAAUUCAUUUAGCCAUUUUAAAGAUGGCGUCAUCUGCGUUCUGUCAGUUGUCUUGCAAUACUGAACUGUUCAUCAUCAUGCAUCGGCUCUUUCAUAACAUUGCGUGUUUGCUUUAUGUUUAAAAUGUUGCUUUUGUGGUGGGUUGCUGUCGCACCAAUGUAUCACUUGCUUUAAACCAAAGUCUUUCACAAUAACUGCGGUGUUCGUCAGAAGUGCCUUUUCUUCUGAAGUAAAUGCUGAACAUGGUCAAGUUCAAUGAGAGGGUGUUGAAUGGUUAAAAUGUAUUGUUAUGUAAUUCAACUGGUAUGAUGUCUAUGUGAACUAAACAGUUGCUCAAUUUUGUGCCUUUUUUAAAUUAAAAUGUAAGCCUUUAGCCAAAGAAGGAAAACCUCUUAACCGACUCAAUGUAGAGCGAAGAUCCUUCCCGUUGAAGUAAAAACUAAAGUGUGAAAGUUUUACAUCAUUGCCUCUGUAUCACAUGCCAAGAAAUGUUUGCUUCAGAAACAGGACUGCUCCUCUUUACUCAGUUGAUGUGUGAAAACCCCGUAUGACUUGGUCUGACCUGUGCCUUUACUAAGCGGUUAUGUGAAAGCUUUUUGUAACAAGUCUUUUAAUAUACUUUGAAAUAAAUUUAAAAAACAAUGAUUUCUAAAUGUAAAGUGCACUGGCAAGUGGCAACUGAUGUUUGUUAAUAAAAGCUCUGGCACAAAGCGAAA